CCCCGCCGCGGUCACCCCGCCGCCAUCACCCCGCCGUCCCUGCAGGCGAGCAGCCAUGAGCCGCGUCCUGGGCUGUGCGGUGCCCCUGGGGCUGGUGCUGCUGGUCUGCGGAGCCCAGGGCUACUUCCUGCCCAACGUCACCCGCCUGGGCGAGCUGCUCGGCCGGUACCAGCGGGCCGAGCCGCACUCCCGCGCACGCAGGGCCAUCCCCCGGGAGGACAGGGAGGAGAUCCUCAUGCUGCACAACAAGCUGCGCGGCCAGGUGCACCCUCCGGCCGCCAACAUGGAGUACAUGACCUGGGACGAGGAGCUGGAGAGGUCGGCGGCGGCCUGGGCCCAGGAGUGCGUCUGGGAGCACGGGCCCGCCCGCCUGCUGGUGUCCAUCGGGCAGAACCUGGCCGUCCACUGGGGCAGGUACCGCUCUCCCGGCUUCCACGUGCAGUCCUGGUACGACGAGGUGAAGGACUACACCUACCCGUACCCCCACGAGUGCAACCCCUGGUGUCCGGAGAGGUGCUCGGGGGCCAUGUGCACGCACUACACGCAGAUAGUUUGGGCCACCACCAACAAAGUCGGCUGUGCCGUGAACACCUGCCCGAGGAUGAACGUCUGGGGAGAAGUCUGGGAGAACGCCGUCUACCUCGUCUGCAAUUACUCUCCAAAGGGCAACUGGAUCGGAGAGGCCCCCUACAAGAACGGCCGGCCCUGUUCCCAGUGCCCGCCCAGCUACGGAGGCGGCUGCAGGAACAACCUGUGCUACCGAGAAGAGACCUACCACCAAAAACCCGAGACGGACGAGAUGAACGAGGUGGAAGUCUCUCCCGUCCCCGAAGAAAAACACGUCUGGGUCCAGCCCAGGGUGUCCAGACCCGCCAAGCCCAAGAAAGCCCCGGCGGUCAGCUACAUGACCCAGGUCGUCAGAUGCGACACCAAGAUGAAGGACAAGUGCAAAGGGUCCACCUGCAACAGGUAUCAGUGCCCGGCGGGCUGCCUGCGGAACAAGGCUAAGAUUUUCGGGACUCUGUUUUACGAGAGCUCCUCCAGCAUCUGCCGGGCCGCCAUUCACCACGGGGUCCUCGAUGACCAGGGGGGCCUGGUGGACGUCACCAGGAACGGGAAGGUGCCCUUCUUCGUGAGAUCCGAGAGAAACGGCCUGGAGUCUUUGAGCAAAUACAAACCUUCUGGCUCAUUCACGGUAUCAAAGGUGAAAGUGCAGGACUUGGACUGCUACACCACCGUCGCUCAGCUCUGCCCAUUUGAAAAGCCGGCGGUCCACUGCCCAAGAGUCCGUUGCCCGGCGCACUGCAAAGACGAGCCUUCCUACUGGGCGCCCGUGUUCGGAACCAACAUCUACGCGGAUACUUCGAGCAUCUGCAAGUCCGCCCUGCACGCCGGCGUCAUUGGGGACGGGAGCGGGGGCUACGUGGACGUCAUGCCUGUGGACAAGAAGAAGAGCUACGCGGGCUCGCUGCGCAACGGGGUUCAGUCUGAAAGCCUGGACAGUCCUCGGGACGGGAAGGCCUUCCGGAUCUUCGCGGUCCGGCAGUGACUCCGCGGCGCCGGGGCAGAAGGGGCAUCUCCAGCAGUGCUUUGGGGUUUUGCUUUUUAUUUUUAUUUUUUUAUUUGGGGGAGGGGCAUAUGGAAAGUCAGGAAACUUCCUUCGAACGGCGUUCGGCGUCCGUCCCUUUGCGGCCUCCGGGUGGGUAAGGGUGACAUCUCACCCGAUCCCCGAGGAGAAGCAGCAUCCUCAGGACCUGGGUCCGACCGACACCCGGCGUCCAGUCCUGGGUGCCCUCUCUCCUUCAGGGAUCUGGCCCGUCUCUCGAAGGGGACGGUCGCCGAGAUGGUCCUCGCCGUAUAUUCCUUUGUGGGCGGAGGGGGACGUGCCGACGCCCGCCCGGGCUUCCAGGGGUGCAGGAAGGGGCAUGUGGAGCAAGUGCAGGGUGAGUUUCAGGAAUGGAGUGGAAGGUAGUUAUUUAAAAAUUAAAAAUAAUAAUAAUAAUAAUAAAACACACACACACAGUCCGUCCCUACCAAUGGAAAGAAAUGGGGUUCAUGUUUGCUGGUCAGACAAACGGGCUAGGCCAGAGACCCGGCUCCGCCCCGGCCCGCGUCCUCGCUGGUGUCCCACUGCACGUCCCAGUUCGGCGGCCACACGCGGGUGGGUCGUGUGUACAGCGGUGCUGGUUUAUUUAGAGUUCAGCGGGAACUCCAGAGAUUUAUCUUGUCUGUGCUGUCCUCUUCGUCCUCACGGCUCAGCCGCUCCCUGCCGUGACCUUUGGUCCCAUCGAGGACCGAUGAAUGCGAAUCCUCUCUGUACCCCCUACCCAUCGUGGCUCCCGCCCCGCCCCAGAAUAGUCCCUGCGUCCUGGUUCACUCCCCGGACUUUGCUUUUGCAAGCGAUUCGGCUUGAAGCCCGCUUUUCUCUUAACUCCUGGUCUCGUAAGUUUCCACGGAAGUGCCGGGAACUGCCGGAGGAGGAGGGCUGCCCUGCGGCUGCUUUUUGAAAACGACAAUUCAGCGUGCAGAUUCCCCUUGCGUCGGGCUGACCUAUUUUUCUGCAAGUGGGAGGAGCGGAUUCCUGGGCACAUUCCUCGCGGAGGUUAGCGGCCCCGUCUGUGGUUACGAAAACCGUCCCUCACGGAGUAAGAGCAGCACGAGGAGGGGACACACUGGAAGGGUUCCUUUUCCUGUUUGUGUGGGAAGAGCCCCCGGGCGCUGCCUGGGCUCCGAGGGGAGCAGCCAGAGCGCUCUGGCUUCCGCCAGGCUGCACAAGUUCUUCCAGAGCCCAGCCCAGAAGCCCGAAGUGAAAUGAAAGCUCCCUCUUGUAAAUAGCACUUCUUUGCAGAAGGCAGAAGUUCUGCCCUCCACCGGCAGACUCGCCAGUGUUUCCUGAACGCUGGCUUCCAGCUCGAUGUCGUCCUCCAUCCAGAUAUUUCCUAGGCAAAAGCACUAGCAGAAGGCAAAAAACCAAGACACUGUAGGCUGGAAAAGGACUCUACCUGGCUGCCUCGGAGGCACCUUCUUUAUGUGAUUGCCUCCUUCAUUAAUGCACAAUCUGACCAUAAGUAGCGCUUUUUUUUUUUUAAACCCUCUAGGGAGUCUGUAAAAAGUAAUUAAACUCUGCUUGGCUGAGCAACAAUUAGCCAGACUCUCUCUGCCUCGUGCAUCACUGCUAGUGAUUCCCGGGUCCUGACCGUUCGGCCCCCAGCGUCAGAAGGGGAGGGUGUCGUCAGCCUGUGGGCCCGGUGUCCCGUCAGCACCAGUCAUCCGGAAUCUGGGCUGUGCCGGGGUCAAGACUGCAGGUAAACGGCAGCCCCUCCUGGGGCUGUCGGGGUUGGUGGGCAGUCCAGGGCACGCCAGUGGGCUCGCUUCUGAAGCAUCCCUCCACGGCUGAAAAGCCAGCCUUCCAGUGUGAGUCAGUCCCGCCAUGCGGAAACAAAGUCCCCAGGCUCCCCAGCCCCUCCCGCCCAGGGCCCUCGGAACAGGCCGGAAAGACCUGGCCCGGGGCAGGGCCCGGCUGUCUUUUUCACCCCGGGGAACAUUUUGAAACUGGAACCAUUAUUCUUUAGGAAAUGAAAGCAAGAGCACACGUUACAAGGGGUAGGGACGAGGGUUACAGAGUGUCCAUUGGAUACAAAACAUCCCUCGUAUACAAAAUACCCCUUUGCCAUCAGGGACCGCCCCUCGUGUCCUAUGUGUGAGUGACGGUCCCUCGCACUGUGGCGUCUAACCCAGGUGUGGAGACGUGACCGCCCCACCGAGCCCCCGGCCUCCCUGGGUCUCUCUCCUGCCCCCACACCGCCAAGUCCCGGCUUCUCGCGGAGUUUCGCCCUGUCCUGUUCUGAAGUGUGUGCUGCAGGCCCACUCGGCCCGCGGUCUACGUGUGUGCUUUUUUCUAUGAAAAAUGAUGUAUUUUGCUACUUCCUGUGUACAGACGUGUAUUGUGAAUGUUUUCUGUGCUUCGAGCAGGGGCCACCUUGUUGCAAGCGUUUCAAUAAAACCGGUCUGAUUUCUAAAGUG